UAUGAAUUGUUUUUCACUUGUUUCAUACGUGAGUUUAGGGUCGGUGUCGGUGAUUUGUUUGGGCUUGUUUUGAGUGCCGUGCCUUUUCUUGAAGUCUUCUGGCCGACGUUUUUUUUUAUCGCCUGUUUCAUUUUAGAUUGCUGACUUUCUUACCAUGGACGACAAGGACAGGAGUCCUGACAGGGGUAGAGAUAGGGAACGUUCCAGACGAGGGGACCGACCAUCGAGGUUCAGUAGUAGUACAAGGGACAGGAGUCCCGUACGAGAUUCACAUCGGCGGAAAGGUGACAGACGAGUUUAUGUGUCCAAUGUUGCCUAUGAGUCCAAGUGGCAGGACAUAAAAGACCUAUUUCGAGCAGAAGUUGGCGAAGUGACCUAUGUUGAACUCUUUGUGGACGAGCAUGAUAAACCUAGAGGUUGUGGUAUUGUCGAAUUUGAAACACCCGAAAUUGCUGCACGAGCUGUUGAAAAAAUGCACCGUUUUGACCUCAAAGGAAGAAAACUGGUAGUUAAAGAGGAUUCGGAUGUAAUCCGUGAUAAGCACGGACGCCCCAUUACAAGAGGAUCCAACCGAGGUGAUGAUGGAGGUGGGAGCAGUAGCUCGAACCACCGCCGUGAUGAUGGUGGGGGCAGAGGGGGAACCUGGGAUGGGAGCAACCAACAUCCCCCCCACAGUUCUAAUUUACCAUCCACACCGUCAGGAGGAAUGGGUGGUGGCAGCAAUAGUGGCAACAAUUCCAAGUAUGGAAAUACUUACGGACUUUCAACUUCAUUUUUAGAGAGUUUGUGGGUGAAUGGUCCAUUAGUCUGCAAGGUUUUUGUUGCAAAUCUUGACUAUAAGGUAGACCAAGCUAAGUUAAGAGAAGUUUUUAAAUUAGCGGGAAAAGUGGUGGAUUGCGAGAUCAGCCUUGAUAAGGAUGGCAAGAGCAGAGGAUUUGGGGUUGUUGAAUAUGACCACCCUGUUGAAGCUGUGCAAGCUAUUUCCUUGUUGCACAAUCAAACAUUGUUUGAUAGAAGACUUACAGUUCGUAUGGACAGAGUUGAAAAGCCUGAGGGUCCACCCAAACUCCCUGAAGGGCUUAAAAGUAUAGGCCUGGGCCUUGGUCCUAAUGGGACUAUUUUACAUGAUGUGCCGAGGAACUUACCUAACACUAAUCAAUCAAACAAUAAUAAUGCCCCGCAAGUGGCUCCCACCAAUGUGCAGUUGCAAGCUGCAAUGGCUGCAGCCACAGCGGCUGCCCAAGCUCAACUUGUAAAUCAAGGUCUUGGCAACCUGCCUUUGGCAGGCCCCAACCCAAUGGCCCCAACUCUGAGUAAUGUGAGUGGCAUACUUGGGCAAUCGCUCAAUGUUCCGGAACUUACAAAUCUAAAUUCAAACCAACCAUUUGGAUCAUCAAACCAGUCACAGAUGUCUGGUCUCUCUCUAAAUGUUGGCAUGCCGUCUGGUCUCGGUGUUGGUCAGAGUGGCUUAGGUUCAUUCAAUGCUAUGACUUCUGGUAACAAUCAAAACUCAUUAAAUGCUAAUAAUAUGCAAAACUCAAACACUGGGUUUGUUAAUAAUUUUGAAUCGAUUAGUGCUGCCUUGAGUGGUAAUAAUCCGGGAAGUUUCAGUGGUUUUGAAAGAAGAGAUAACAUGAACAUGCGGGAGAAUAAUUAUAAUAAUGGUGCAUCAAGAGGAUUAGGCAAUAAUGGUAGAGGAGGAAACUUAGGCAUGAUUCAACAAGGCAACAAUAAUUUCAGUAAACGGAGUGAUACAAUUGUUGUCAAAAAUUUGCCCCCUAAUACUGAGUGGCGUCAGCUUGUAGACAAGUUUCGUGAAGCAGGCGAAAUUGUUGAUGUCCAGACAGGAAAAGACACCGCCCUCAUACGGUUUAAAAAUGAUUGGGAAGCUGACCGAGCAGUGCGCGACUUUGACCGUACUCGACACGAGGGGCGCACUAUUGAUGUGCUCCUUUACCAUUUCCCCUGAUCAAUGAGCUUGACAGAGUGAUUGGCUUCUUUGGCCCUCUUUGUUUUCGUGAUUUAUUUUCCUGCAGCCUCAGGUGUUUUGUGUGGUUUUACCUAUAAUCCCCAAUCAAUCAAUCAAUUACAUUUCUAUGAACUUCGUAUUUUAUACUCUCAGCAGAGAGUCAUGUAAUUCGUAGGUAAAAGUACGGUUUUUUGCGCUCCAAAUUUGACUGUUUUCCUUAAAGUUGUGGGUUUAAUGUAUUGACCUCUCACAGCACAUGGGUAUCAUUCUCUUACUAAAGCACCUAGCUGUUUUCAAAACAAGUGGUGCUGAUGCGGUUUGAGUUUCAUUUGAGUCAUUGGUCCUACAAAUCAUAAUUAAUCAUCUGAUUUCUUCAGCACAAUAUUGUUUCUGGUAUACAUUGAUGUUCUACUCACUUGGUGCCAUUGGACUGCUAUGGCCUAUUGUCAUCACACGUCGAUAUUAUUCAUUUCUCUUUGUUUGACUGGAAAUUUGAGGUUUUUUUCUCUACCUUUGUCUCAGCUUUUUUGUCCACUGGGUAAAAAAUUAGGGUUGCUUGACCUGAUUUUUAUGUUUUUGACAAAUCAACUCCUUGUUUUUUUUUUAUGUUUGUUAUGGUUUAAAUAAUUGAUGGGAAUAUGUUGGAUGUCACGCACUCAGUUUCUUCUUUUUCCUUAACUUCACUCAAUAUUUCAAUAUUUACUGCACUUUGUUUAUUUUGAUUGCAGAACCAAUCAUGUCAAUUUUUUAUGAGUGAUUCUAGGUCUUCCUGGAAAAGCUCACCAAUUGGUAGGUUAGUUUGUCUUUUGAUUCUGUCGUGUCUGCUGUGUGUUUCCAUUAAGUCCUUGGAGCCUUUGGUGUUUUAAUUUAAAUUCAAGGAAGAUUUGAAAGAUAUGAGUAGAGUAUAGUUUUCCUAGUAUAUUCCCUUCUUUAUUCUCUAUCACUGUUAAUACAAAGGGUUCAUUUUGGAUUAUUCAUAUACACUAUGUAUAUAUAUUAUAUAUUAUUAUCUAUCUGCCCUUUGUAUGUUGAUUGCCAAUAUGAUUCAAUGGAUUGAAUAAAUAUUUCCAAAGUGAA